AUGGCUACCCAGAAUGGCGAGAAAAAGCAAAAGCGUCUCAUCGUGAACGCUUUUGUGGAGAUGUGCAGUGGACAUCAGUCUCCAGGCCUCUGGAGACAUCCAGAGGACCAGUCCUGGAAGUUCACAGACGUCGAUCACUGGGUCGAAUUGGCCAAGCUGCUCGAGCAGGCCAAGUUCCAUGGCAUCUUCAUAGCCGACGUCUUGGGAGGAUACGAUGUGUAUAAGGGAUCCCUUGAUCCAGCAGUUAUCACCGGCGCUCAGUGGCCUGUCAAUGAGCCGCUGUCCGUUGUGUCGGCAAUGGCUGCUGCAACAAGCAACAUCGGCUUCGGCGUGACUGUUUCCACAACUUAUGAGCAGCCUUAUCAUCUUGCUCGGCGACUGAGCACGGUGGACCACUUGACAAAGGGCCGACUCGGCUGGAAUAUUGUCACGAGCUAUCUGGACUCGGCUGCUCGGAACAUGGGCCGCGCAGAGCAGCCACAGCACGAUGAUCGAUAUGCGCAGGCCGAGGAGUACAUGACCGUGAUGUACAAGCUAUUCCAGUCCUCCUGGCGGGAUGAUGCCGUGGUCCUUGACCGUGAGAAGGGUGUUUACACCUCACCAGACCGCGUACGGCCCAUCGAUCACAAUGGCAAGUUCUUCACUGUGCCUGGCCCGCAUAUCGUCCAGCCGAGCCCUCAACGCACCCCCCUCCUACUCCAGGCAGGGACUUCGAAGCAAGGCAAGAUUUUUGCCGCGCAACAUGCCGAGGCCAUUUUUACUUCCGCACACAGCCCUCAAGUGUGCGCAAAGAGCAUCGCCGAGGUGCGAAAGAUGGCGCAGGAGGAAUAUGGCCGGAACCCGGACAACAUUAAAGUCCUCGCUCUUGUGACGCCCAUUCUUGGGAGGACGGAAGAAGAGGCUCAGGCCAAGCUGAAGGACUACAGGCAAUACGCAUCCACUGAAGGUGCCCUGGCUCUCUUCGCUGGCUGGACUGGGAUCGAUUUGAGCAAGUACGGUGACGAUGAGGAACUUCGGCAGGUGGAAAGCAACGCCGUUCGGUCCACCGUCGAGGGAUACGCCAAGUUUGCUCCCGAAAACUCCAAAUGGACCAAGCACACGGUAGCGGAGCAUGUCGCCUUAGGAGGAAACGGCCCGAUCAUGGUCGGAACCCCUGCCCAGGUGGCCGACAAUCUGCAGAAAUGGGUCGACGAGGCAGAUGUUGAUGGAUUCAACUUUGCCUAUGCGCUGUUUCCUGGCUCGUUCAAGGACAUCAUCGAGCUCUUGCUGCCGGAGCUUAAGGCUAGGGGACUGUUCUGGGACGGGUAUGUCGAGGGUGGGACAUACCGGGAGAACUUUUAUGGUAUCAAGGGCCAGAAGGUGCCUCUGGACGAGCACGUGGCAUCAAAGUACCAUUGGAAGGCUGGAGUCCCUGCUAGCGAGGCAGUGAUCCCUGAGUGA